AUGGAAAUUUCCCCCAGUUCUACCCGAAGAACGAACAGCCGCCGAGCGGUGUCCCCCGCGCUCCUGGCCCCUUGGGCGCUCCCGGAUGAGGCCCCACCCCUUUGGGUCCACGUGGUCUUCAGCGGCGGCCAGGGAACCCCGGCUGCUGGGUUUGCGCGCGACGUGGAUCCCGGGAUGGAGGGGGCCCAGUCCAACGGUGAGCGGGCGGAUCGACGGGGUGCGGACGGUGAGCUGGUGGCAGGGGAAAGGGCGUCCCGGGAGUUUGGGCGGAAAAGGAAGCGGCCCUGGAGACCGUAUUUGCGGAGAGAGCGUAUCUCCCAGUGCGGGGAACCAGAGAUCGGGCGGAGAGAGGGUGCCACUCGGUUCUCUUGUCCCCCCAACUUUACCGCGACGCCCCCAGCCUCAGAGUCCCCUCGUUUCUCCUUGGAGGCCCUGACAGACCCAGAUACGGAGGUGUGGCUUAUCCAGGCCCCUGCAGACUUUGCCCCGGAGUGCCUCAAUGGGCGGCGCGUGCCUCUGUCUCGCUCCCAGAUUGUGAAAGGCAAGUUGGCAGGCAAGCGGCACCGCUAUCGGGUCCUCAGCAGCAGCAGCAGCCCCCAGACUGGAGAAACAACCCUGCUGGCCCCCUCAGUGGAGGCGGGAGGUGGACUCACCUGUGUCCCGGCCCCCCAGGGCUGCCUCAGGAUCAUUGAGGGUCCACAACAAUCGUUGUCCGGGACCCUUCUCCAGCCCAUUGCAGCAAGUCCCCCACCACAGAUCCCCCCUGGCCUGAAGCCUCGGUUCUGUGCCUUUGGAGGCAACCUACCGGUCACAGGGCCUGGGUCAGCCCUGGCACAGAAGUCACCCACUUCGGGGAAGAGAAAAAAGAAGAUGCAGAUGCCAGAGGCUUCGGUCACUCGGGAGGCAGUGAAUGGGCACGGGGCCCUGGAGGUGGACAAAGCUUUGGGGUCCCCAGAAACAGAUGUGGAGAAGAAGAAGAAAAAGCAGCAGCUGAAAGAACCAGAGGUGACAGAGCUUGCGGCGACGGAGCCCACAGCUGAGACGCUCGAGGCUCUGGGAGUGCAGCUCCCGUCCGCCACCAAGAAGAAGAAGCACAAAGGGGCAGAAACAUCUGAGCCAGAUGAAAAGACAGUGGAGCUCAAACCCGUUAAAACCGAACCUCUGGAAGAGACAGUCCUGUCCCCCACCAAGAAGAGAAAGAGGCCAAAGGAGACAAAAGAGAUGGAGCCAGGGGAAGGGAUGAGAGUUGAGUCUCAGCUGCAGGUGAAGGCGGAGCCGCAGGAGGAAGCCAUCUCACUGCCUCCCGCGAAGAAAAGGAAAAAAGAAAAGUCGCAGAACACAAUGACAGAGCCAGGGACUGAGGCUGUGCAGCCAGAGGUGAGACCUCGGGAGAGGUGCCGGCGAGUCUGA